GUAGGGAUGGUUUUAUUCCCUCCCACUGUAUCGUUAGUAAACUAACUCGAAUGUCUAGCUUUAGUUUGCAUUGGUAGGUCCUUUUUGGCACACCUCCUGGAAUUUUCCUGUGUAUUGCGCGCCAGAGAGAGCUCUGGGCAUUUCCGCAUGAGUGGCUUCGAGAGCAGGAUGGUCAAAGUUCCUGGUUCAAAGUCAAUAAACUGCCGAAGCCUUAAGAUGAAGGACCCAAUCGACUCCUGCUCUUAUAACCAGCUGUAUCAAAAUCUGAAGCAGUAUUCAAAAAAUGGGGACCACUUCUGCAAAGAACUUCUUACAGUAUUUCAGCAGAGAGCUGAGCUUGAACUUACGUACUCCAAAGGCCUCACUAAGCUGGCAGGGAAACUGAUCAGAGCUUGCCAAGGAAUGUCGAAAAACUCCACCUUCACCGCCUGGUGUCAAGUGUCAGACGAGAUGUACUCAAGAGCAGACGCCCACAGGACAUUAGGAAAUGCAUUUCACCAAGAGGCCACUGUGGAAAUACGACAAGUUUUAGACGAACACGCCAAGAGGAAAAGGCCUCUUGACAGUGCCAUUGAAAGGACUGGAAAACUUUUUACAGCUAACUGGAAUGAGCAACUCAAGCUAAAAAAGAGAUUGCACGGGCUAACAAGAGAACACGAAGCACUCUUCAACUAUCUAGAAAACAACAAGCACACCAGCACCGAGAAAGAAAAACAAAAGAUGUUUAACAGGCUGACUAAGUCAGCAGAGCAGCAGUCCAGAGUGGAUGAACAUUACUACCUUGUGAACAUGGAGGGUCAUCAGAUGAGACUGAAAUGGCAAAACACACUGAAAAACUGCUAUCAGAUCACACAGGAGCUGGAGAAGCAUCGCAUUGAGAUUCUGUGCAACCUUUUGAGCAGAUACACCCUCCACAUGUCCACCUUCGGUAAAACCCUUAAACAUGGACAAACGCAGAUAGAGCAGACCGCCCAAAGGGUGGACAUGGACCAGGACAUGCAAACCCUGGUUGACGAAAGCUGCAACAUCGCUGAAGACAACAAAAUAGAGUUUCUGAUGGCUGAUUAUUUUGAGGAGGAUGCCAAAUCACAGAUGACCCAAAGCAGAAGAAAGGACGCAAUCAAGCUGAAACUCCAGCGUUUAGAAGAAAGCAUUACAAAAACAAAGAAAGACUGUGAAGGAAUUGAAAAACUAAUGAAGACCUAUGCUGAAAAUCCAUCUUUUUCAAACCAGAAGAACCUUGAAGAAACUGAAGAGCUCCAUGAUGAGAAUACUCUCAAACUGGACCUCCUGGAGGCCACUCAUUAUAAACUCUCCUUAUCCAUCUCUGAACCUGAAGAGAAAUCCAAGACAUUUCAACGAUUUAGUGGCAGCAUUUCCAAAUGGAAAGACAAGGUAAAUAAUGGAGUCCUACCCUCUUUUCUCUCUAAGGAGUGUGAGCAUAGCAUCGUUCAGCUGACUCGCCCAGUAAAGCUCCGGAGGACGCCGUUCAGGAGCCGACAGUCACUGAGAGCUUCCAUCAUUUAUAAAGGACCCAUUCAGAGUCCAACAGAACCACCAGCGCAGCCCGAGCCAAAUGAUACCGACCAGAUCGCCGCUACGACGCCACCUCAGGAGACAGCGGAGUCCGGUGGGAGCGCUGGUGACGAAGCUCUGCCUUGCAGCGAUAACAAAGAAGAUGAAACAGCAGCCACACCGUCCAGUAUCGGAAAAUGCAAAGCCCUGUACAACUUCACACCUGAACACGACGACGAGCUGGCUUUCAAAGAAGGUGAUCUUCUGGACCUCUAUAAAAAGGAGGAAAAUGGCUGGUGGAUUGGCGCUCUUAACGGACAGAAAGGACAUUUCCCGUCAACCUAUGUGGAGGAGCUACCUGUACUGAGCACCAUCAAAUCAUCUGAUGCCUGAAUGACUGAACAGAAAAACAAAACAAAACACACCCAAUAACCGUUAAAGUCUGGAUCUGAUCUAUUGCAUUCAUGUGUUUCAAAUAGAGAGAAAAAAAAGUAUACUUUUAAAUUAACGGUCAUCUAACUGAUAACCUCUGAUUGCUUUGUAUGCAACAUUCAGGAUUAAGGCAGUUUAUGGACUUUCAUAUGUUUAUUUUUAUUAUUUAUAAUACAUCAUGUACAAGGUCAGAAGGUGGGAACAGUUUAAGAACAUGUAGUUUAUCACAUUGAUAUGCAAAAAAAACAAUAUACAUGGAGGGGCAUUGAUGUUCCUGCUGUUUGUAAAAUGAGCACUGAUUUUAAACAAAAAAAUAAUAAUAAAUAAAAACUGUUUACAUAUAAA